AUGGUAAACUUGCGUCUUCAGGUGGCCGUAGUUGGCGCACCAACGGUCGGGAAAACUGCAUUUGUGCAAAUGCUUCACAGCAACGGCACAACAUUUCCUAAGAAUUACCUCAUGACGUUGGGUUGCGACUUUAUUGUAAAGGAGGUUCCUGUUGAUGAUGAUAAUACGGUGGAAAUGAUAAUAUUUGAUGUGUCAGGCCAGCGCGAGUAUGAACCUAUGGUUUCUUCGUACCUACAAAACACUGCAGUGUUCAUAGUCAUGUACGAUGUUUCCAAUAAAGUUACAUUUGAGGCCUGCGCACGUUGGGUGAAUCAGGUGAGGACGAACAGUAAAGAGAGUGUUGGAAUUCUCAUUGCAAAUAAAUCCGACCUCAGUGAUAAGGCUGAAGUGACGGACCGGCAGGGGAAAGAUCUCGCAAAUGCAAAUAAGAUGAAGUUCUACAAAAUAUCCACUUUGCGAGGUGUUGGCAUCACUGAGCCCAUUGAUGAGAUUGCGCGGCAUUACGUUGACGCAUAUCAAAAACGUAUUGAACAACUCACCCAAAUGAGGUAA